CAGCACACUUCUUGCAUAUAAACAGUGAAAAUUACAAUUUAAAGGACCUAUAAUACCUUCUUUUGGACUAGCAUUAGUGCUGUUGAGAGGCUUGCCUACUUUUUAAGACUAAGAAGACACAUUUUCUGCAGGUAAACCAACAGCUUUCAGGAAACAUUUCCUGUUACUCUGCAUUUGCUGGUUAUUCAGUCUGGACCAUUCUUCUGAUGCCAAAGUAUUUACAGAACUUCCCCAAAUGAAACAGUCCCUUGGAUAUGAGUGGCCUUGUAUUUGCAUGAACUGAAGUACCAACUACAUAUCAGUAACUUCUCUCACUGAAACCCACUGGAUGCUGUACUUCAGCCUGGUCAGGAGCGGUUACAUUUUGCUUAACUGUCUGGGAAGAUUAGUUUCAUUUGCAACAUUAAAAAGAUGGCUGAAGAAGAAAAACUCUCUCUAAAGAAAGCGAUUCAGUUUGGUAUUAAUGGAUACAUUCCAUCAGUAAAACUAUGCAUCAGAAAUGAAAAUGCCCCCAAAAGUUACGUUUGUUGUUUAGACAACAUACAAAUAAAACAUAUGUGACUGGUCCAUCAUGAAAAAGCUGGAUCACUAAUGGAGUGCUGACUGUCAAAUAAGAGCCAUAAGGAAAGCCAUAGACUCAACCUGACCUUUAAAUUAGUUCACUGUAAGCAUAUGGGGCUGUUGCAAUUUUGCAAUACAAAGAUCACGUUAGCUUCAGAACACAAAGAUUUCUGCAUUCCCUAACUACAAGAAAUAUUUCCUUAAAUUUGGUAUUUAAUUUCUUUGUUUUAGUGUUUAGUCUAGUCAGCAAUUAAAUUUCAAAGAGCAUCCCUAAAGAGAGCAUGUCUGUUAAAAGUAUACGUAAUAACAACAAGAAGAAUGAAAAGCUUAGCUUCUUCAACAGUUAGGUAUUCAUUUGUAUCUUAGGAACAAUCUUAACAUACAGUUCAAAUGACAAAUGAAAUGGGUCGCAAAGAAACACGUUACUUACAGACUUUAAAUUGCGAUUCAACAGCCCAGCAAAACAUGAAAAUGCGCCCAGUGCUAUUGAAGAGGAACAGUCUGGAUUCAGCUGAUUUUAUGAGGCAGCCAUACCACCGCAGGACCAAAUCUCAGCAAGUUCGAUUCAAGGAUGAUGGUGUGAACACAAAGACAGAGCUGGAUACUAAUCCUGCCCAAGAUGGAGCAUUCACGACUGGAAAAACAGAAAUACUUAGGGAUCACAAUUUUUUGCUACAUCAAUCUCCAUCUCUUCCAAGGGCUCAGAAGGGGCUUCGGAAUAUUGCCAUACAAACAUCUCCUAGCCUCAGGAAACACUUCCCGGUUUUCAAAAAAAAAAAGCUGACAGUAAGCAAAUCAUUAACAGAAAUGCCAACUGAGCCUGCAAACUCUAUCCAAGUAAACGGCAAUCUUUCUGAACAAGACAUUAUGUCUGCAGAUCUCUCUUACUUACGAAUAACUAAUAAUUUGGAAGAUGGAUUUAGGAAUAGUGAGGUGGAUGGUCACUUAAGUCAAAGACCAUCAAAAGCACAAAGCAAUGGACCUGUCCGCUCAGAUGAUUUCUCAGUAUCGGAGAAGACAACUGUUUCUACACAGGUGCCUGAAUACAUACAUGUGAGUUUUCCACAAGACAGCAAUGUUUCCAUGGAUGCAGACACAACCAUGAAUUUAAGCAAUUCACUGCAUUCUUCUACUGUCAUAAAUAGCAAUGAAAAUAAUGAAAACAGCAUGCUGUCAUCUAAUUCUGAAAAAGCAUACCCUUGCCUAAGCAAUUCUACUAACUGCAGUGAAUGUAAUCCUCAUUCUGACUCUUGUGAAGCAGAUUCUGAGUUACUUGUAGCCAGCAAAGAUGCAAGCAGUAAGGAAACUACUCCAUUAUCACCUCCAUCAAAUCACAGUUCAUCUCCUUGUUUCCUCAGAGACUAUCAACAGGCAGGAGAGCACAAAACAGAUUCCAGCUGUGUGACAUUAACAAAUGACGAUCACACAAUAAUGUCAUUGACCAGCAGUAAUGCGUCAAAAUCUAUUCUGUCAUGUAAUGCUGAAAUCGAGAAAAGUUCUACCCAGUCAGAUGUUUCCCAAUGCAACAGCUGUUUAGAAGGAUUUCACAUAAAGUCUUAUCUGCCAAGGAAUGAAAUAAAACCACAAACCAACAAAGAGAUUAGUGAAAUAAAUCAAAUUCAUUUGGCACAUGGUGAACUCUGUGCCCUCCAAGGCAGGCUGCAAUCUGUAGAGGAAUCCUUGCAGUCGAACCAGGAGAAGAUUAAAGUCCUUUUGAAUGUAAUCCAAGACCUGGAAAAAUCCAGAGCCCUCAGUGAAGGGCGCAACUUCUAUCACACCGGUCAAGACCUCAACAACUGCAGCACCUGUCAGAACACUGCAUGUAUCAUUUACAGUGUAGAAUAUGACUUCAGACAACAAGAAGGAAGAUUUCAUGAGAUUUUGAAAACGCUGGAUCAUGCAGAGCAAGAUCCAGCUUCACCUCAGAAGCUGCCAUCUGAUCACCCAGCUCCUGAGAAGGAGUUAAGAAGAAAAACAAAAAAGGUGAAAAGAAAAUGCUUCUGGUGGAUUUGACUUCCUUAUGGAUCCUUUUACAUUUCAAAAGACACCAGAACAGAAAGAGGUUUGAGAGCACAUACUCGAAAAUGUGCUAUUACAAAAUCACAAGGCUAAAGAAUGCUUAAUUAGAGUGUCUGAAAAAUCAAAAGAAUUUAAUUUACUUAAAUCAUCUCACUGAAUAAAGGCACAUAAAGAUACUAUUUUCAAAAAGAAACUGUUUCUUUCAAAAGGAAGAUUCUCAUUUUUUCCAAGGACACUUUCAUAUGCUUUGUAAAGACUUUUUUUUUUUUUCCAACUUUCCAAAAGUAACAAGGUUUAAAUCUCAACUUUAAAAAACAAUGGUAGACAAAGCUAAGGGUGUCACCCAGUCUUCAUUUGCUAUUUAUAAGCAACAUGGACUAAAAUAAAAGAACUUCAGUGAUCUUUAAACAAACCACAUAAUCAAGAACAAAUUCAGGGGAAUCUAUGUCGUUCAAACAAAUCUCUCCUCAAAGGAGACAAUUAAAAUUAUUUCACAUCCCCACUGAAAUAUUUUUGUUGCUGUCAUCUAAUAUUUAACAAGAAAAGAAUUUCAGGUUAAGUUUUACCCUGCCCCUUUAUUGGUUCAAUUUAAAAAGCAACCAUUUAGAAGUUUCAGCCAUUUAAUAGACUUCUCUGAAAAAAAUCAUAGAGUGAUAAAACAAGAGAAUAUCUUAUUAAUUCUAGUCUUAACCGCCUGCUCAAGCAAGGUCCAAUUAUAGGUAAAUUUCAGUGCUGAGCAUCUCCAAACACAAGAAUCCAUAACCCCAUGGGGCAAGCUGCUCCAAAUUUUUUCCUAACAUCUAACCUGAAUUUCCUAUGUUCUAACUUGUGUCCAGUACAUCUUGUCCUAUCCAAAUACACCUUCAAGAAGAAUCAGACAGAUAAUAAGACCUCUCUCCUAAGCCUUCACUUCUUAAAGACUGAACAAAUCCAAUUUUUACUGCUUCUCUUCACAUGUUAUGUGCUGCAGCCCACAGUGAUCUCGGUGGAUCUCUCCAGUAAGUUCAUGUCUUUCAUCUACCUGGAAAAAAACUGGACACAAUGCCUCAAAUGUCAUCACGCAAUUGCUGACUAGAGGAGAAUAAACACUUUUACUACUGUCUUGCUAAACCAAUUGCCCGAUUUGUCCAUUUAAGACCUGUAUCACAAUAUCAAAAUAUCCCAAGGUCUGGGCUUUUCUGGUCUUAAGAUAUAAAGUAAGGCGAUACAUGACACAAAAUUGAUCAUGAAAAGUAAUAUUUAAUGCACUUAUCUGUAUUAUAUAAAAAAAUUAUAUAUGCUGAAAAGAUUUUAUCAUGUCAAUGUAGCUAUUUCUUUCCUUCAAAAAUAGUCGAGUUACCAGCUAUGCCAAUGUAAUCUAAUUUAGGAUCGAUGAUACUAUUAUUUUGCUGAUGAAAAUAUGGUCACCUUUCAUACGGGGGGCAGAAGGGAAAAGGUUUUCCAAAGUUUAAAGUGCACACAGUAAAGUCCAAAUAAUGCAUUUUAUGUUUAGUGGAAUGUAAUGCAGACCUUUUCUCAGAAGUGAUUCUGGUUAAGUAGUUCAAAUGGUGCCAGGGUAUUGACUAGAUUAACCCCUGGAUCCUAUUUUUCUACAACAUAUUGUAUUAAUUGUGCUAUGUUAGUUAAAAAUAUCUGUACACUUUUUGUACGCUUCUGUGUUCCUUGAAUUCUUAGAGUUAAUUACACAUUUGAAAACACAUUAAAACCAAUUUUGGA